AUGUUCGUUCCGGAAACAUUUAGUAGAAUAUUUUUGUCUUUGAUCGAAGAUGAGCAGCGUAUCAUGAAAGCCGAGGUGGACAUUCUCAUGGGCAUGCAUCUGGUCAGGAAAGCUUGGGUGUCUGUGCAUCCGCACGUACUGAUCAACGCUUUCAUGAAAGCUGGGUUCAAAUCCACAUCGAUUCAGUCGGUGAUGCAGCUACCAGAGGGUGAAUGGGAUCUGAUCGAGGACUUUACUCAUUGUGUCUAUUGA